AUGACGGGUGGGGCGGUGGGGGAGAAGGCCCGUGUCUGCGGUGCAGCAGCGGUGGAGGGGUUGACCGAGGGAACGACGGGAGGAGCAGGUGGAGACAGAAAAUGCAAGAGUAUGAUUCCAGUGAUGAUUAUGAGUUGUGAGAAAAUGCUGGAAAGGUGGAAGAUUUAUGAAAAUAAAGAAUUUGAAGUGUUUGAAGAGUUUAGGCUAUUAACAUCAGAGAUCAUUUCAAGGACAGCAUUUGGAAGUAGUUACUUAGAAGGAAAAAAUAUAUUUCAGAUGCUGAUGAAGUUAGCUUUGCUAGUUUCAAGAAAUGCUCACAAAAUCAGAUUGCCUGGUAUCAGGUGUGUCCCUCCACUAGAUGGUCAUAGUCUUAUCGCUGUAUCUCAUAAUUGA